ACAGGGAUGGCGACGGAGGAGGGGGGACGAGGGGGGACGGGAUGCCUGUGAUAAAAAAAAAACAGCACAAGUCGGAGCAUCUUCAUCCGAACACCUGAACCCACCUUCCCAUUUCUUCUUCUACUGGACCGUGAUGGUUUCUGUUAGACUCUGGUGAUCUUUGGUUGUCUCUGCUGAUCCUGGUGGUCCCUGGAGGGUCAGUGGCGCGAUCACAGGAGCAAGUCUGUGCCAUCACUUCCUGUUGAAGUGCAUCAUGGGACGUGUUGUCCUCUUUGUGCUCGGCCCAUUCCUACUGACAUCAUCACUGUCCCAAGCAGGUGACGUCUUGGAGUGUCCCAUGCAGUGUGUGUGUGAGACGCGUCCGUGGUACACACCUCAGUCCGUUUUUCAGCAGGCUGUGACCGUGGACUGUAACGAACUUCACUUGAACAACAUUCCGGAAAACAUCUCUUCUGACACACAGGUGUUGCUGUUGCAGAGUAACAACAUCUCGUCCAUUACGAGACAACUUGAACAUCUCACCAAGCUAACUGAGCUGGACUUGUCUCAGAAUCAUCUAACUCAGGUGCGUGGCGUGGGGGUGUGGUCUCUUGUGACGCUGUACCUAGAGGAGAACCGCAUCCAAGAGCUGGAUGACCAGAGUUUGAAGAACCUCAGCAGACUGGAGGAGCUGUAUCUGAACCACAACAGGAUCUCAUCCAUCGCACCUGGCGCCUUUAUGGGCGUGGCUAACUUACUGAGGCUUCAUCUCAAUUCCAACCGCUUGGUGGCAAUCGACAGCCGCUGGUUCCAGUCUCUGCCCUCCUUGGAGAUCCUGAUGAUCGGAGACAACCCCAUCCUGGGAUUGGAGGACAACAACUUCCUUCCGUUAUCCUACCUCCAUAGUCUGGUUCUGGUUGGGAUGGGACUCACCUCCGUUCCUGCUGCCGCCUUUGUGGGUCUGGACCACUUGGAGAGUCUGUCCCUAUGUGACAACCGCCUCAGAUCCGUGCCCAGAGACGCUCUGAACAUGCUCCCCAACCUUAAGUUCCUGGACUUGAACCGGAACCCGAUUGAACGAGUAAAACCAGGAGACUUCAAGGACCUUCAGCACCUUGAGGAGCUCAGCAUGAACAACAUGGAGGUUCUUGUCCUGGUGGAAGCAGGGAGCUUCCAGAACCUUCCUGGUCUGGUGAAGGUGGACUUGAGUAACAACGCCGUCUUGUCUCACGUGCACGCUCGUGCCUUCAGGGGCACGUCUUCGCUACGUACGCUUUUGCUUCACAACAGCAGACUCCGUCUCCUGUCAGGUGACCUACUGGAAGCCCUCCCUUCCCUGGAGGAGGUAUCGCUGCACUCGGACCCACUGCGGUGCGACUGUAUCUCCUGGUGGAGUCAUUAUCUGGGCAACCAGUCGCUUAUCAGGCUGCUGGAGUCGUCCAUGACGCGUUGCUCAUUCCCGCCACAUUUAAUUGGACGAGAGCUACAGGAAGUAGCGGCGUCGGGAAGAGAAAAUGGGGAGGACACUUGCCUGCCGCUGAUUUGUGACGACUCAUUUGGAUCUGAGCUGAACAUCACCGCGGGGGAGAUGAUGAUGCUGGAAUGUCGAGCUGAUGCCGAACCUUAUCCUCAGUUUUAUUGGGUGACACCCACUGGAGAUAAGGUGAGCCUGGAACCUUCGCCGAUCGCAUCAGAGGAAGGGCGGAAGUAUCAUGUGACCGAUUUGGGAACGCUGGUGAUGCAACAUGUGGAGCCGUCAGACACAGGCGUGUACACAUGUGUGGCAUGGAAUAUGGCGGGGGCGGACACAAAGAGCGUGACCGUGUCGGUGUACGCUCCGGGGGCACUGUGGGGGCACACCGAAGAGAAAAGGUCCAGCUCACUGGUACUUCUAGCCAAGGCAGUGAACGCGCACUCGAUGGUGCUAGCAUGGAGGUUCGACCCUCAGGGAGGAGGGGGUGUUUCCACCCUUUCUUUACCACGCUGGAGCAGUGCCGCUGUGCACAUCAACAAUGCUCACAUCAGCUACACUGCUAAGGUUCCCGUCGACGUUCAGGAGUACAACUUGACUCAUCUACUUCCUGCCAACGACUACCAUGUCUGCCUCACUUUCACCGCCUCCCCCCCUACUCCCAGUCACACUUCCUGCCUCAACGUCACCACCGAGGGAACAGGCUGUUCAGUGACAGCGGUGGCAACGCGACAUAGCAGCGUAGCGCUGGCAGCCGUCACGGGUUCUGUAUUUGCCGUGUCCAUCAUGGCGCUGCUGGUUUUCUACAUGGGAUGGCGCAUACGCCGCCACACAUCAUACACACCCUGCCUGAAGAAAUACAUGCACCACGCCGCCGCCGCUAUUCCUCUCCACGAGUACCCGCCACUCAUCACGCUGUGGGAGGGCGACGGCGACAGGGACAAGGAUGACAAAGAAGGUGGAGCAGCGACAGGAAGUCACAUCGACACAACCAAGACAUACACGUGGUGAACACCACACGUCAUCACGUUAUUGUUAGCAUUAUGUACGAGCGGCAUCACGUAUUGACUUGAAACCAGGGGGGCGGGGUUACUGCAUGUUUGCACUCCUUUUUCUGACUUUUGUAAAUUGAACACGGCCAAGCACCAACUUGUACACUCAUGAUGAUUAUGAUGAUGAUGAUGAUAAGUGUGGUUGACUAAAAAGCUGCAAAGAUCAGCAUCAUGUUAUGGUAAUGAAGGCGAGCUCGGCAGCGCCUCCUUGUGGCCACCAGCGGCAGACUUGCAGUGUUUUUGUACAAAGUUUAUAUAUUUGUAUUUAUGUUACACAUUUGUUAAGAUGAUUGCUAGAAGAUACACUAAACACACAUGAAUCAAUAUACGUAAUAUAUAAAUAAACAAUAUACGUAAUAUAUAAAUAAAAAGUCACCACUGACCCACAGUCUACUUAAAGUCUCUGCAGAACAGCGACACCCAGUGUGCAUGAUGUGUAUAUGCCAUUGACAUACUAUUGAUAUAUACUUCAGAAAUUAGAUUAAAAAGCAAAUUAGCCAAAAGUAGACGUUAUUAAUUAACUAU